AGGAUAUGGUAGAGAUAACACUGAAAUUUUAUCAGUCACUCAUUAUUAUUUGUGAUAGAUUGGAUGUUGUGUAUUUACACAAAAGUCAAGUAACUUAAUUUAAAUUAGAAAUGAUUUAAUAAUGAACCGAUACGCAUUUUUUAUUGUUGUGUUUGUAUCAUUGGCAUUGGUCGCCAUAGUGACCGCUCAGCAGUCAUCACCCCGGCACUGCUACAGGUUCACGUGGCUCGGGCCGGACUACAACAACGGCAGCGUGUAUCUGAACGCGACCUGCAAUGACGUCACCAAGCUGUCUGACAAGGAGCCCUGCAUGGAACCCUUGGUUGUGUCCAUGGAUGGAACUUGGCCAAAUGUAAGCUACAUCUGGGACAACCACAAGGAGCAAGCUACUUGUGUAUUAGGAGACAGUGAAUAUUGCGCACAAUACACAUUUUAUUUCAACGGAACCCCGUUAAACUCAACCUACAUGUGUACGAAGGCGUUGACCAGCAACAAUACAGUGGUGUCCCCGGGCUGCUACACACAGACCAUCGGCAGUUUCAAGAAGCGUGUGUGCUUGUGUGUGCCCAUCGCUGGAGGAAUGCCGUGUAACCGCGCCAACCCUACAUCUGCAACAACCCUAGUCACUAUGGGGCUAGUGACGACGGCAGCCAUUGUGAUUUUAAAUAAAAACUUGAUUACUUUAUUAGAAAUGUAUUCGGUUUUGACUAGAGGAAAUGCUAUUUUAACCUAUACGUUAAGUGUGCUAGCAUGUUUAACCUUUCUAUGUUUCCUAUCUACACUAACGGUAGACUACAGAACCGCUGCACACAUGAACACAGUUAAAGUAGUCGUGAAAAACGUCCCAGACUAUGGAGCAUCCAAAGAGCGAAAUGAUCUGGGCUUCCUGACUUUUGACUUGAAGACUGACUUGUCCCACCUUUUCAACUGGAAUGUGAAGCAACUCUUCUUGUAUCUGACCGCUGAAUACAUCACGCCCAGCAAUGAGCUGAACCAAGUAGUUUUAUGGGACAAAAUCAUACUCAGAGGUGAAAAUGCCCUGCUUGACUUCAAGAACAUGAACACAAAGUACUAUUUCUGGGAUGAUGGCAACGGUCUUAAGGCUCACAACAACGUAACACUGACUCUGUCAUGGAACAUCAUCCCGAAUGCGGGCUUACUGCCCAACAUUCCCGCUAUUGGCCAGCACUCCUUCAAGUUCCCCUCAGACUACACCCAGACCAGGGUAUGAUUAGUGGGAUUGUUCCAGUCACCGGUGUCAAUGGGAAUCAACUAUAGUUAUUAAGAUAAAAGCUAAAUAUUAUAGUUGUAUGUUGUCACUUUUAAUUACACAUAAAGUACUGUA